AGAAACACCCGUAGUCAAACACCCACUGCAGGAGACUGGGGGAUGUUAUACCGCCCUGGAUACAAAUCAUCAUUGUAGGAAUAUUGACCAAACAUACAUUUGUUGAAUCUCAACGGCAAAGAUUGCAUCAUCUUUCGGACUGUAAAACUUUGUUAAAGUUUUCGUCCACAUGUUUCAGUGCUUGUUUUACCAGAGAGUGUCUGAAGACUCAAGGAUCUAGUAAUGGACCAGAACCUGUUUGGAGGGGCCCCCAGGUUUCUCACGCGGCCCAAGGCUUUCGCAGUGUGCGUGGGAAAGGAUGCCACCUUGAGCUGCACCAUCGUGGGCAACCCCACCCCACUGAUUACCUGGGAAAAGGAGAAGCUACGUCUGACCUCUGGGGGCCGCUUCAAGAUGGUGGAUGAUGGUGACGUCUACCGCCUCACCAUCUACGAUCUAACCCUGGAGGACAGCGGCCAGUACAUGUGCCGGGCCAAAAACAAUGUUGGGGAAGCAUAUGCAUGCGUAACCCUUCACGUAGGCCUUCCACAGGAGAUGGUGGAGAGGGCCCCCGUCUUCAUGGUCAAGCCUACCUCCACACGCGUAGGCCUGGGGGGCGAUGUGGUCUUCCACUGCCGGGUUGCGGCUUACCCAGAGCCCAAAUUUGACUGGGAGAAGGACGGGCGUUACCUGGCCGAGACGAACCGCAUCAAGGUGACAUCGGACAGUGACAGCAGCUCUCUGAGGAUCCAGAGCGUGCGCAGUCUGGACAGCGGCACAUACACUUGCCGUGCCCAGAAUUCGGUAGGCCGCUCUAACUCCGCCGCCACCUUGGUUGUAGACACCCAGGACUCCCAUCACCUGGGCAAGGACAACAGCACCUCCCUCCUCUCCCACCUGCAGAAGCGUAAAGAAGGGAUCUCUAUCUACUGCACCGCCGAGACCAGCAGCUCCACUUACAACUCCACCACCACCUCCUCGACCGCCACCACUAUGGUCACAGAUGGGUUGAGCCUUCUGGGUCUAGACCACAGCAGCGCAGCACUGGUCAGUCAUCUGCCCAAAGGCGUCUUCACCCGCACCUGCACAGUGACUGAAGGCAAGCACGCCAAACUCAGCUGCUUCGUGACAGGCCACCCCAAGCCUCACAUAAUCUGGAGGAAGGAUGGGGGGAACAUUGGCGAGGGACGCAGACAAAUCAUGUAUGAGGACCAGGCCGAGAACUUCAUCCUCAAGAUCCUGUACUGCAAACAGAGGGACAAUGGUCUGUAUACCUGUAACGCCUCCAAUAUGGCUGGACACACCUACAGCGCCGUGCUGGUGAUAGUUAAAGAGCCCAAGGUGCCUUUCAGGAGGAAGCUGCAGGAUGUGGAGGUCCAGGAGAAGAUGACGGCCACGCUGCUGUGUGAAGUGCCCAUCUCCUCAACCCAGGCCAGCUGGUUCAUGGAGGAGACGCGACUGGAGGACUGCUCCAAGUACCGAAUGGAGGAGGAGGGCACCAUGCGGCGCCUCACCAUCCACAACGUCACCACCAAUGAUGAUGCCGUCUACAUCUGCGAGAUGAAGGAGGGGAGCCGCACCGUGGCCGAGCUCACUGUGCUGGGCAACAUCACUAAGAAGCUGCCCAGGAGAACUGUAGUGCCAGUGAGUGAUACAGUGAUCUUCUGCGUUGAGCUGGAGCACCCCUGUUCUGACGCCUACUGGACACGCAAUGCCGAGCGUCUGAAGCCGGACACACGCAUAAUAAUUGCGUGCACCCUCAGGCAGUACACUUUAACCAUCAGCCACUGCCAAGCUGACGACUCAGGAGAGGUGGCCUUCAUGGCUGGAGACUGCAAGACCUCCACAAGAUUCUCUGUCACAGCUGCCAGAAAGCAUCCUCCUGAUCCCCCCAUCGAUGUGGUGGUGCGCAACAAGACAGACUCAUCCAUCACCCUCCACUGGUCCCCCCCAGACAGUGACCGCCCUGUGCCCAUCAAGGGGUACAUGGUAGAGAGGAGGAAGGUGGGUGCCCAGACCUGGCAGAGGUGCAAUGGCAUGGAGAUCAGCCCCUUUACUGAGAUCACGAUCCAGAACUUCACAGAGGAGGCCAGCUACCAGUUCCGCAUUUCUGCAGUCAACAACUAUGGCCAGAGCCAAUACCUGGAGGUGCCCGGGACCUUCUACCUUGAGCCCAGUGCAGAGGUGAAAACAGGCCUGAUGAACAGCACAGCCAUCUCAGGUGAGGAGGCCUCACUCUCCGUGGAUCUGUCUGCCGUGUGCUCUGGCUUCUGGUCUAUCAACGGACGCCUCCUGCGUAGUGGUGGUGACUACCUCAUCACCCGCCAAAAGACCAUGCACACGCUGAUGAUCCGGACGGUCUUGAUGGAGAUGAACGGAGCCGUGGUCAAAUUUGUGGGCGGUGGCUCGGAGAGCACUUGUAUACUCAAAGUGAAGGCUCCACCUAUCCGGUUCACCAGUAAGUCUGCUCACACUGAGGUGGUGACCUGCAGCGCCCAGUCCUCCGCCCAGAUGACCACAGAGGUGUCUGAUUACCAUGCCCAGGUGGUCUGGAUGAAGAAUGGACGGGAGCUGAAGAUGGGCAAGAAGUAUGAGUGCAUAACCACUGACCACAAGAGGAUCCUGAUGGUGCACAAUGUCACUGAAGAGGACACGGGAAUCUAUGAGUGUGUCCUAAACGAAGACAGAAUGUCCCUGAAGCUUUCUCUAAAAGAUGAAGCAAAAUUCCUGAACAAGCCCAGGGGUCCCAUGGGGGUGGCACCUGCCCUCAGUGGGCACCUUGAGUUGAACUGUGAGGUAUCGUCUGCCAGCGGGGUGGUGGUGUGGAGGAAGGAUCAGACAGUGGUCAUUGAGGACCAAAGAACGACCAUUAUCUCCAAAGGGACACAGAGGAGACUGGUUAUCAAGAACGCCAAGAAGAGUGACGAGGGACACUACUCCUGCGAGACAGCGGAAGACAAAGUCACAUUCCAGGUCAAGAUAAAAGAAGUUCAACAGGCUGCCUUCACCAACAAGGACUCUGUACAGAAGGAAGUGAGAGCUACUCUCUCCCAGAAAGCCACUCUGAGCUGUGAGGUUGCAGAUACUAAGACAGAGGUGAAAUGGUACAAGGAUGGCAAACAGAUCAUUGCAAGUAAAACAGUCUCCAUGGAGACAAAGGGCAAGAGUCGUCUGUUGGUAGUAGACAAAAUGGAGAAAAAGGAUGCUGGAGAGUACACCUGUGAAGCUAGAGCAGAGAAGCUGGUCUUUAAAAUACAUGUGUCAGAAGCCCAACAGGCUGCCUUCACCAACAAGGACUCUGUACAGAAGGAGGUGAAAGCUACUCUCUCCCAGAAAGCCACUCUGAGCUGUGAUGUGUCAGAUUCCAAGACUGAGGUGAAAUGGUACAAGGAUGGCAAACUGCUGACUUCCAGUAAGACAGUCUCCAUGGAGACAAAGGGCAAGACUCGUCAGCUGGUGAUAGAGAAGGUGGAGAAGAAGGAUGCUGGAGAGUACACCUGUGAGGUUGGAGCAGAAAAACUGGUCUAUGAGAUACAGGUGACAGAGGCCCAGGCUGCCUUCUCCAAUAAGGACUCUGUACAGAGAGAGGUUAGAGCUGCUCUCUCCCAGAAAGCCACUCUGAGCUGUGAUGUGUCAGAUACCAAGACUGAGGUGAAAUGGUACAAGGAUGGCAAACUUCUGACUUCCAGUAAGACAGUCUCCAUGGAGACAAAGGGAAAGACACGUCAGCUGGUGAUAGAGAAGGUGGAGAAGAAGGAUGCUGGAGAGUACACCUGUGAGGUUGGAGCAGAGAAACUGGUCUUUAAGAUACAUGUGACAGAAGCACAUCAGGCUGCAUUCACCAAUAAGGACUCUAUACAGAAAGAGGUGAAAGCUACUCUCUCCCAGAAAGCCACUCUGAGCUGUGAGGUAUCAGAUACCAAGACUGAGGUGAAAUGGUACAAGGAUGGCAAACUUCUGACUUCCAGUAAGACAGUCUCCAUGGAGACAAAGGGCAAGACUCGUCAGCUGGUGAUAGAGAAGGUGGAGAAGAAGGAUGCUGGAGAGUACACCUGUGAGGUUGGAGCAGAGAAACUGGUCUUUAAGAUACAGGUGACAGAAACUCAAGCAGCUUUUACCAAUAAGGACUCUGUACAGAAGGAGGUGAAAGCUACUCUCUCCCAGAAAGCCACUCUGAGCUGUGAGGUAUCUGACACCAAGACUGAGGUGAAAUGGUACAAGGAUGGCAAACUGCUGACUUCAAGUAAGACAGUCUCCAUGGAGACAAAGGGCAAGGCUCGUCAGCUGGUGAUAGAGAAGGUGGAGAAGAAGGAUGCUGGACAGUACACCUGUGAGGUUGGAGCGGAGAAGCUGGUCUUUAAGCUACAGGUGACAGAGGCCCAGGCUGCUUUCUCCAAUAAGGACUCUGUACAGAAGGAGGUGAAAGCUACUCUCUCCCAGAAAGCCACUCUGAGCUGUGAGGUAUCUGACACCAAGACUGAGGUGAAAUGGUACAAGGAUGGCAAACUGCUGACUUCCAGUAAGACAGUCUCCAUGGAGACAAAGGGCAAGACUCGUCAGCUGGUGAUAGAGAAGGUGGAGAAGAAGGAUGCUGGAGAGUACACCUGUGAGGUUGGAGCAGAGAAACUGGUCUUUAAGAUACAGGUGACAGAGAUUCAAGCAGCUUUCACCAACAAAGAGUCUGUAAAGAAGGAGGUGAAAGCUACUCUCUCCCAGAAAGCCACUCUGAGCUGUGAUGUGUCAGAUACCAAGACAGAGGUGAAAUGGUACAAGGAUGGUAAGCUGCUGACUUCCAGUAAGACAGUCUCCAUGGAGACAAAGGGCAAGACUCGUCAGCUGGUGAUAGAGAAGGUGGAGAAGAAGGAUGCUGGACAGUACACCUGUGAGGUUGGAGCAGAGAAGCUGGUCUUUAAGAUACAGGUGACAGAAUCCUCUGCCAAGUUUAAAAAGACUGCUGUGAAGGAUAUAUGCAGUGUUCAAGCAAGUGAGAAGAUUGUUUUGACCACUGAGCUGACUUCGGAGAGUGCCAGUGUUAAGUGGUUCAGGGAUGGAGUAGAGUUGAAGGAAGGCACUAAAUAUGAGAUGAAGAGAGAGGGUCAUUCUCGUACCCUGAUUGUGAAGUCCACCGAAGUCAAAGACAGUGGCACCUACUCUUGCCACACUGAUGAUGACAAGCUUGAGUUCAAAGUUCAAGUCAAACAUACACCGCUGAAGUUUGUGGUGCCGUUGCAGCCUGUAGCCACAGAGCUGGGUGUUACGCUGACCCUGACCUGUGAACUGAACCAAGCCUCAGGGGACGUACUCUGGCGCCACAACAGUCGUGAGGUCAAACCCGGUGGCAGGUUCUGUGUCAGCGCUGACAGUGCCAAGCGGGUCCUUACCGUAACAGGAAUGACCAAAGAGGAUGAGGGAGAGUACAUCUGUGAAUGCAAAGAUGAUAAGACCUCUGCCAAGGUCUCCACCAACGCCCCCAGACUGGUGAAUCUGACUUCCAAGCUGAGCAGCAUCGUUGCAGUGGAAGGGAAAGAUGUCAUCUUCAAGUGUAGUGUCACCCCAGCAGACGUCAAAGUAAAAUGGUUCCGCAACAACGUGCCAAUCACUGCUGGGCCCAAGUAUAAGAUUGAGCACAGGGCCACCAGCCACUCCCUCACCAUCACAUCAGUCAGUCAGGAGGAUGCUGGGGAGAUCAGCAUGGCAGCUGAGGGCAAAACCUGCAGCGCUACCCUCCAAGUGCAACUGGAGCCGGUGAUGUUCAAGAAAAAGCUGCAGAACGUGACGACGGUAGAGGAUCAGAAGGGAGUGAAGCUGGAGGUGGAGCUUAGUAGACCUUCUAAAGAGGUCAGGUGGAUGAAGAACAGCGUGGUGCUGCAGCCCGGAGCAAACAUGGACAUCAGGGUGGACGGGGCCAAGCAGACCCUGAUCUUCAAGAGUGUGACUACCGCUGACCGCGGCUACUACUCCUGUGAAACUCUGGAUGACAAGACCCAGGCCAAACUCACGGUGGAUGUGCAGAAGAUUGAGGUGGUCAAGGGCCUGCUGGCCGAGGUCAAGGCCAAUGAGAAGGAGACAGUGACCCUGGAGGUGGAGCUCAGUCAAGCUGACGUGGAGGGUUCCUGGACCAGGAGCGGAGCCAAGCUCAAGGCAGGGUCCAACUGUCGCAUCACGGCCCUUGGAAAGAAGCAUGCCCUUACACUGUCCCAACUCAAGAUGGAGGACGCAGGAACGAUUGUCUUCCAAGCGGAAGGGGUCAAGUCUUCUGGCAAGCUCAUUGUUGCAGAACCUGCUGCCAUGAUCUCUAGGCCCAUGGAGGAUGUCAAAGCUCCAGAGAAGGAGAAGGCAACACUUGAGUGUGAGGUGUCCAGAACCAAUUCUGAGGUCAAGUGGUUCAAGGGUGAUACGGAACUAAAACCAGGAAAGAACUUUGGCAUCCACUCCCAGGGUCGCACACGUAGCCUCCUCAUCCAUAAAUGUUCCAAAGAGGAUGAGGGCACAUACGUUUGUCGAACGUCUGACGACAAUACAUCAGCCAAACUCACUGUACAUGCCCGAGACAUUAAGAUAGUGAAGAAGCUAGAGGAUGUGGAGGUGAUGGAGAAAGAGAGUGCGUCAUUCAUGUGUGAGAUCUCUCACGAUGAAGUGGCCUGCCAGUGGUUCAAAGGUGACACCAAACUCAAAGUUGGUGACAACAUCAAGAUGAGACAAGACGGUAAAAUCUAUGUGCUGCUGAUUAAAUCGGUGACACCAGAAGACGUGGCGGAGAUUAAAUUCACAGCUGAAAAGGCCUCUUCAACGGCCAAACUGACAGUGAAAGGCAAAGCCCAAUCUGUGUCACGGGAGCUGCAGAGCGUCAGCGUUGUCUCAGGGGAGGAUGCUGUGUUUACCUGUGAGGUCUCACAGACCAGCACCACCGUCCAGUGGGCCAAGGAUGGGAAGGACAUCAGGAAGAGUGAGAAGUAUAACAUCAGCAAAGAGGAGAGGGUCAUGAAGUUGACCGUCCGCAGCGUCACUGUCCAGGACUCUGGAGAAUAUAGUUGUGAGGUCAUCGGAGGAGCCACUACCAAGGCCAAGCUGGUGAUCAAAGAGCCAGUCCACAAGUUCACCAAGGAGCUGAAGGACAGUGAGGCGGAAGAAAAGGGUUCAGUGACUCUACAGUGUGAGACGGCCCAGCCUGCCUCCAAGGCCACCUGGUCCAAGGGAGGCAUCGAGCUGAAGGCCGGGGGACGCUGCGAGAUGACCCAAAAGGAGACCGUUCUCACACUUACCAUUAAACAGCUGGAGGAGAAAGACAGCGGAACUUACACCUGUGACGUGGGCACCGCCAAGAUGACGGCUAAGGUGACAGUCAAAGCCUUGCCUGCCAGCUUUAAACAGAAGCUGAAGAACCAGCAGGCCACGGAAGGAGAGAAUGCUACUCUCUGCUGUGUGUUAGCCAAACCUGGAGCCAAGGUUCAGUGGAAGAAAGGCACUGAGAAUCUCAAAGCUGGAAACAAAUAUGAGAUUAAGCAAAAAGAUGCCUGCUGUGAGCUUCAGAUAAAACAUCUGAAGGUUGAAGACAGUGGAGAGUACUCCUGUGAGUGUGGAGAUCAGAGGACCACAGCGACUAUAAACGUCAAUGCGUUACCUGUGACCUUCAAACACAAACUGGCGAGCCAGGAGGCUGAGGAAGGGGGCAGUGUUACCCUGCACUGUGAACUCUCUAAACCUGGAGUCCAUGUAGAAUGGAGAAAGGGAACACAGGUGCUGAAGUCUGGAGAAAAGUACCAGAUGAAGCAGAAAGAAUCUGUGAGUGAGCUCCUGAUCAGCAAAGUAGUACCUGAGGACAGUGGAGACUACAGCUGUGUGUGUGGAGAACAGAAGACUACAGCCAGUCUCAAGAUUAAGGCCCAACCUGUUACAUUCAAACACAAACUGGCGAGCCAGGAGGCUGAGGAAGGGGGCAGUGUUACCCUGCACUGUGAACUCUCUAAACCUGGAGUCCAUGUAGAAUGGAGAAAGGGAACACAGGUGCUGAAGUCUGGAGAAAAGUACCAGAUGAAGCAGAAAGAAUCUGUGAGUGAGCUCCUGAUCAGCAAAGUAGUACCUGAGGACAGUGGAGACUACAGCUGUGUGUGUGGAGAACUGAAGACUACAGCCAGUCUCAAGAUUAAGGCCCAACCAGUGACCUUCAAACACAAGCUGGAGAGCCAGAAGGCUGAGGAAGGGGGCAGUGUUACCCUGCACUGUGAACUCUCUAAACCUGGAGUCCAUGUAGAAUGGAGAAAGGGAACACAGGUGCUGAAGUCUGGAGGAAAGUACCAGAUGAAGCAGAAAGAAUCUGUGAGUGAGCUCCUGAUCAGCAAAGUAGUACCCGAGGACAGUGGAGACUACAGCUGUGUGUGUGGAACACAGAAGACUACAGCCAGUCUCAAGAUUAAGGCCCAACCUGUGACCUUCAAAUAUAAACUGCAGAGCCAGGAGGCUGAGGAAGGGGGCAGUGUUACCCUGCACUGUGAACUCUCUAAACCUGGAGUCCAUGUAGAAUGGAGGAAGGGAACACAGGUGCUGAAGUCUGGAGAAAAGUACCAGAUGAAGCAGAAAGAAUCUGUGAGUGAGCUCCUGAUCAGCAAAGUAGUACCCGAGGACAGUGGAGACUACAGCUGUGUGUGUGGAGAACAGAAGACUACAGCCAGUCUCAAGAUUAAGGCUCUUCCAGCCACAUUCAAACACGAUCUUGAGAGCCAGGAGGUUGAGGAGGGGGGCAGUGUUACCCUGCACUGUGAGCUCUCUAAACCUGGGCUCCCUGUAGAAUGGAAGAAGGGAACACAGGUUAUAAAGUCUGGAGAAAAGUACCAGAUGAAGCAGGAAGAUUGCAGUGUGAAACUGCAAAUCUGUGAUUUGAAACCUGAAGACACAGGAAACUACCACUGCAGCACUGGAGACCUAGAGAGCUCAGCAUACCUGAAAGUCAAUGCUCUCCCAGUCAUAUUCACCAAAGAUCUGCAGAGCCAGGAGCCUGAGGAAGGGGGCAGUGUUACCCUGCACUGUGAGCUCUCUAAACCUGGAGUCCCUGUAGAAUGGACGAAGGGGGAGGUGGGUCUCUGCCCCUGUGCCAAGUAUGAAAUCGUCCAGGAAGGACACAGCGCCAGACUUGUCAUCCACAGCUUAGACCCUGAAGACUCAGGCAGCUAUACUUGUGACAGUGGCGACCGGAAAACCACAGCAAACCUUUCUGUGAAGGCCCUGCCUGUUUACUUCAAAACCCGACUACAGAAUCUAGAGUGGGACGCAGGUGAGAUCGCCAUCCUCCGCUGUGAGAUCACAAAUCCUGGGGCCAGCGUUGUUUGGAGCCGGGGCGACAGGGUCUUGGAGUCUAACAACAAGUAUCAGCUGAAACAGGAAGGUGCCAUAGUGAAGCUUAUCAUCUAUAACCUACAAGGCGAUGACUCUGGGGAGUAUAUCUGUGACACGGGUUACCAGAAGACCUCAUCCAUGCUCACUGUACAGGAGCUGGAGGUGACCAUAGUGAAGGUCUUGAACAGCUGCUCGGUGCGCGAGGGGGAGGACGUUCACUUUGAGUGCCAUCUGUCCCACGAGGAUGCCAAGGAGGUCCAGUGGAUGCUUGCGGAUGUCCCUCUGCAGAACAAUGAAAUGAAUCUGAUCCGCAGCCAAGGCAAGGUGCACAGCCUCACCCUCAGGGGGGUCACCCAGGCCGACUCGGCCACAGUCGCUUUCACCGUCGGCCACCAUACCUCCACCGCCAGCCUGACCGUCGGAGGGGCCCCUGUGGUGUUCAAGAAGGAGCUGGAGAGCCAGGAAGCAGUUGAGGGGGGCAGUGUCUCCCUGACCUGUGAGAUCAGUGUUGAGGGCAAGGUGACAUGGAGAAGGGGCUCCGUGCUCCUCACCCAGGGGGAGAAGUAUUCCAUGGAGCACACAGGUUCUACCUACAUCCUGAUGGUUCACAAGCUGAAGGUCGAGGAUGCUGGAGAGUACACCUGCGAUACUGGGGAUAAGCAGAGCACGGCCACCCUGAAAGUCAAAGAGUCUGUACGCAUCACUCGGGAGCUGCACGACAUCACAGUGACCACCGGGCAGGAUGCUGUCUUUGCGUGUGAGUUGUCCCAGGAGGGCGUAACCAAUGGACAGUGGUGGCUAGGGGAUAACCUCCUCCAAAACAACGACCUGAACCAGAUGACCUUCCAGGGCCGGGUGCACCGGCUGACACUGCAGAUGGUCACCACUGAUGAGUCAGGGGACGUGGCGUUUGUGGUGGGCGAAAAGAAGACCGUCGCAUGCCUACUGGUAGAAGAGAAGCCCAAAGUCUUAAUCCUAGAGAAGCCUCAUGACACAGUGGCUUUGGAGGGUGAGACAGUCACCCUGUCCUGCACCGUCUCCGACCCCACGGCCACUAUCAACUGGAGCAGGAAUGAUGUUGACAUCAAAGCAGGCCUCAAGUAUGACCUGCGGAAGAAUAGAGCUCUCAUGCAGCUCCGUAUCCACAACCUGGAGAUGGAGGACUCUGGAACUUACUGCUGCGAUACCGGGGAUGCACAGUGCACCGUCACAUUGACUGUGGAAGGUGCCCCAGCAUUCUUCCAGAAGGAGCUGAAGAACAAGGAAGCCCAGGAAGGCGAUGAUAUCACUCUGCGCUGUGAGCUCUCCAAGGCGUGCACUCAAGUGGAGUGGAGGAAGGGAGGCAUGGUCCUCCAGGCUGGUAAGAAGUAUGAGAUGAGGCAGGAGGGAUGCGUUCAGGAGCUCUGCAUUCGUAACCUGGAGCCAGAGGACAAUGGCUACUACACCUGCGAUGCUGGAGACCAGCUCACAACGGCGUCGGUGGCAGUACAAGAGGCAGAAGUCCUCAUAGUGUGUGGUCUAAAGAGCACCGAUGUCUUUUUGGGCGAGUGGGCCACCUUCUCCUGCCAGCUGUCCCGCGGUGUGAGGCCCGGGGAGGUGCAGUGGUGGCUGGACGGGACCCUUCUCCAGGACAGCCCCUCCAGCGAGAUAGGGCUGAGCAAGGGCCACGUCCACACCCUCACCCUAAAGGACCUGGCCCCGGAUGCCUCGGGCACCGUCACGUUCAAAGCCUGCAGCCUGGUGUCCUACGCCAAGCUCUUAGUUAAAGACCCCACAGUAGAGGUGGUGAGCGAGAUGCAGGACCUGCGGGUGGCUGAGGACAAGCCGGCUGAGUUCAUCUGCCAGUACUCCCGGCCGGUCCAGGCCCAGUGGAAGAGAGAUGGUCGGCCUUUGCAGCCUGACGGCCAGAGGGUGGUAGUGGAGCAGGACUGGACCGUGGCUCGCUUGUACAUUAGACACGUGUCCACCGAGGACAGGGGGAGAUACUCCUGUGAGGCAGAGGGGACCUGUGUGGUUGCCUUACUGGAGGUGGAAGCCAAACCCAUUGAAAUCCUACAAGGCUUGGAGAACAUGGACACCAUUGACGGCGGGGAGGCCCUAUUCGAGUGCUCUAUCUCUCGUUGCGAGAUCAAAGACUGCCACUGGCUGAUUGGGGGCAAGCCGGUGAAGGAGUCGCCCACCACGGAGAUCGUGUCCUUCGAAAAUGGACGCCGCCACCUCUUGCUGCUCAAGGAUCUGCACGUUGGAGACAGCUGCAAAGUUACUUUCCAAGCCGGCACCGCAACAACCUCCGCCAUGCUCAACGUCAAAGGCUGGCAGCUGGAUGUGGUGAGUGGUCUGGAGGAUAAGGUAGCUGUGGUGGGAGAGACUCUAGAGUUCAGCUGCAAGCUGACUGAGCCUGUGCCUGAGGCGGAGGUAGCCUGGUACUCUAACGGAGCCGAGCUAAAGGCUGAUGACACCUGGGGCAUGAGGGCCGAUGGCUGCUCCUACCACCUGGUGCUUAGACAGACACCAGCCAUGCCACCACAGGAGAUCACCUUCGCUGCCAGGGACGCCAUCUCCAUGGCCAAGCUCACCAUCAUCACUGUUCCUGACCCCCCGGAGGACCCAGAGCUGGUCAGUAAGAGUAAGCAGGCGGUGACCCUGUCUUGGUUCACACCCCUCAGCGACGGAGGCAGCCCUAUUUUGGGCUACAGGGUGGAGAUGAGGCUGGCGGACAGUGUCCUCUGGCUGCCGUGCCAUGCAGAGCCUGUGUGUAACACAGAGUUCUCUGUGGAUAACCUCAUCCCAGGGAGCGGCUACAGGUUCAGGGUGGCAGCCAUCAACAGAGCUGGGACAGGAGAACCUGUCCAGCUGCCUCAGAGCGUUCAGCUGGAGGCUCCAGUGACAGUGACCCAACAGUUGGCCUGUCCAGACCUGCAGGAGGGUAAGAUGGCCCGUGUGGCUUGUGACCUCUCUGCUGAGGGCAGCUCGGUCACCUGGCUCAAAGACAACAAGGAGGUGGAGUAUGGGGUCAAAUACCAGGUCACCACAGAGGGCAAGACACAAGUGCUGCUGAUCAAAGACUUUGAGUCUGCUGACCAGGGUGUGUACACCUGUGUGGCCUCAGACGAGGCAGAAAGCUCCCUUAAUCUCAACCUACCAAAAGGUGGAGAUGGGGUUCAGUUGGAGGAGGGGGCCCAGCCCAGCCUGCCUCCUGAGGCUGCCUCCGAGGGUGACGUCCAUGCACUGUGGGAGGACCUGGCCAAGAAACGCCGCAUGAGCCGAGAGCCCACCCUUGACUCCAUCUCUGAGCUGCCUGAUGAGGAGGACAAGGAGCCCAAGACACCCAAGGGACCAGUCAAGGAGAAGAAAGCCCUGGAGAAGGAGAAGGUGGGGGUGAAAGCCCUGGAGACUGAGAAAGUGGAUGUGAAAGCCCCGGAGAAACAAAAGGUGAAAGAAAAGGAAAAGGUUGUAGAGCAUGUCAUCGUCCCUAAGAAGAAGGUGUUGGAGCCAAACUUGUACACCAGCUCUGAGGAUGAAUCCAGGCCUCCAACACUGGUUUCCUACCUGAAGAAGAGCAGCAAGUCCUCCCUCUCUGUGAGUGACCAGACAGAUUCCAUCUCCACUGAAAAGUUCUACGCACAGUUCAAGUUGAAAGAGGCGACCACAGUCCAACAGACUUCGGUCCAACAGACCUCAUCUUCAGUACAGCAGAUCACAGCACAGACCACGGACAUCACGAAGGUCAUUGAUGAGGAGGACGAAGAAAUGGGGCUGCUGGAUGCUGCUGUAAAGAUCCAGGCUGCCUUCAAGGGGUACAAAGCCCGCAAGGACAUGCGUCCAGUCUUCAAGGACGUCUUCAAGGACCAGACCAAGGAACCCAAUGGCACCAUCCACCUGGAGUGUGUGGCGGAGGGCAAGCCAGAGAAGGUGCGCUGGCUGAAGGAUGGCGAGCACCUGGCGGACGGCAAGCACCACCACAUUGACAUCUACAACGAUGGCACCUGCUCUCUGGUCAUCACCGCCAUAACCACCAAGGACACGGGUGUCUACACCUGUGAGGUCACCAACAAGUUCGGGGUGACCACCCACAGCGGCAAGGUGACGGUGGGCUUGGCGCGGGAGGCAUCUGGAAGGAGGCCCCUGACCAUGGGCUACAGUGCCGACAGCGAGGCGGAGAGCUCGUCGGCAGAAAGCGAGAUGGACGAGUCUCUGAGGCAGGCUAGCAAACGUCUUCGCCGCCUCCUCCGCACACGCCUGCCGGCCACGUCGGAGGAGGAGUCGUUCGUCAGCUGUGAUGAUGAGGCUGAGCUGCAGUCCCCCGACCCCAAAUCGUACCGCGAGGACGAGCGAUACAUCUACAUCCGCUUUGACAAGCGGUCUGAGGCCCAGGUGGCGUCUCAGCGCUUCAAGGAGAUGUUCACGGCCCAGGGGGUCCCUGUGGAGACCACCAUCCAGGAGGCUGGACCUCUCAAAGUGGAGCUGCGCAUCAUGAAGAUGGGAUACACUCAAGAUGGCUCUGCAACACCCACACAGGAGAAGCAGCUGCCUGUGUUCAUGACAGGAGCCCCCGCGGCCCCAGUCUUCCUGACUGAACUCCAGAGCCAGGACGUGCCAGACGGUUACCCGGUCAGCUUUGACUGCGUGGUGAUUGGGAAGCCUCCACCCAGUGUGCGUUGGUUCAAGGAUGGUAAGCUGCUGGAGGAGAACGACCACUACAUGAUCAACGAGGACCAGGAGGGCUGCCACCAGCUCAUCAUCACCACCGUGCUGCCCUCUGACAUGGGCGUCUACCGCUGUAUGGCUGAGAACACCAGCGGCAUCGCUGCCACCAAGGCUGAGCUCAGGGUCGACAUGUCUUGCAGCUCAGACUACGAUACUGCAGCUGAUGCCACUGAGACCGGCUCCUAUAUCAGUGCCAAGGGCUAUAUGUCUAGGGAAACGGAAGCCUUUGAGUCUGUGGUAGAGGAUGAGCAGAUGCCACAAGUACUGGAUGAGCUCCAUGAUGUGCACGUCAGCCCAGGCUCACCCAUCGCUAAGAUGCAGCUGAAAGUCAAAGGGUUCCCUAGUCCAAGGGUGUACUGGUUCAAGGACGGCCACCCGCUGCGUUCCUCAGACAGGAUUCUGCUGCUGGACAAGCGAGAUAUCCACAGCCUGGAAGUCCUGGAGGUGAAGAGGGAGGACACAGGAGAGUACUCUGCCUACAUCAGCAACGCUGCUGGAACAGCAUACUCCUCUGCUAGGCUGCUGGUUCUGGGUCCAGGAGAGCUCACGCCUGUAGAGAAGCACGAUCCCAAGGUGCCUCUGGUGCCACCCCGCUUCCUGGAGAGGUUCAGCAACAGGAAGGUGAAACAGGGAGCCAGUGUCACCAUGUCUGUCAGAGUGGAAGGUUCUCCCACCCCAAUGGUGACGUGGUUGAAAGAGGAGUCUGCUGAGGACGUGUUGUGGAUCAAGCCAGACACUAAGGGCUACAAGGUGGCCAGCUCAGGGCGCCAACACAGUCUCAUCCUGAUGGAUGUGGGCUCUAAGCAUGCAGGCACAUACACCUGCAUCGCCACCAACAGGGCCGGACAGUCCAUUUGCACUGCCCAAUUUGAAGUGGAGGAUGCACCACGACCAAAGGAAGAGACCACAAUCCCUCUGGGGAUUACUAUCAGCCCUCCAGAUGAAGAUGUUGGCAGAGGAAAAAUGCAGUAUCUAGGUGAAGUUGGAACAGAAGAGUUCCUUAUGAAGCUCACCUCCCAGAUCACUGAAAUGGUAUCUGCCAAGAUCAGCCAAGACAGCACACAGAACCAUCAAGUGCUCCAGUGGAUGAAAUCAUGGCCCAAAGCCUCCACCUCACUACGUGUCCCGGGAGGCGAUAGUGACGACGAGACCAAGACACCCUCCGCCUCACCACACCAUGGUCGCUCUCGCCCCGGCUCCAUUCUCGCUGACUCCUCCUCUGAGUCUGACGACCCUGAUGCCAGGGGAGAGAUGUUUGACAUCUAUGUGGCUACGGCUGACUACAACCCCACCAUCCCCAACAAAGAUACCAUUUCCCUGAAGGAGGGCCAGUAUGUUGAGGUUCUGGACUCGGCACAUCCACUCAAAUGGCUGGUCCGGACCAAACCCACAAAAACCACUCCAUCCCGACAAGGCUGGGUCUCACCUGCCUACCUGGAUAAAAAACUCAAGCUGUCUGAUGUUGCUGGUGACAUCCCAGAGGGAGGUGGAGAAGAGGUCUCAGAAGGAGAGUACAAGAAGAGACUACUCCAACUGAUUCAAGACUUGAUCAACAGCGAGGCAGAGUUUGUCAAAGAGAUGGACUUCUUCACCUCCCACCACAUCAAGCAAGUGGAGAGCCCUGACACCCCAUCUGACAUCACCAGCCAGAAGGAGGCCAUAUUCAGGAACAUCAACGAGAUCAAGGCCUUCCAUAGCGAGUCCAUGCUCCCUAAGUUGAGCCACUGCGACACUGAUGACGACGUGGCCAUGCGCUUCCUGAGGAGUGGCGAGGGCUUUGAGAAGUACCUCCAGUACCUCGUAGGCCAGCAAAAGGCAGAGGCCGCUAUCAGUGACAAGACCGUACACCGCUUCUUCAAGGAAUACACAGACAAAGAACAGGCCAGUGCCGACCCUGCUGAAGGUCCUGUACUGAGCAUCAACGCCUACCUACAGAAACCUCUGGACAGAAUCCAGAAGUACAAGGCCUUGCUCAAGGAGCUGAUCAGGAAUAAGGCCAGGAACGGUCAGAACUGCUGCCUGCUGGAGGAGGCCUAUGCCAUGGUUUCAUCACUGCCUCAGCGUUCAGAGAACACACACCACGUCUCCAUGAUAGAGAACUACCCUGCCACUCUGGAUGUAUUGGGGGAGCCCAUCAGACAGGGACCCUUCAUGGUGUGGGAGGGUGCACCUGGGGUAAGGUCCUCCUCCAGAGGUCACCAUCGACAUGCGUUCCUCUUCAAAAACUAUGUCAUCAUCUGCAAAUCCAAGAGAGACACCAACACAGACACCCAGGGCUACGUCUUUAAGAACAUGAUGAAGCUGAACAACAUAGAUGUGAAUGAGACAGUGGAGGGUGAUGACCGGGCCUUUGAGAUCUGGCACGAGCGUGAGGACUCUGUCAGGAAGUACACGCUUCAGGCUCGCACCGUCAUCAUCAAGAACUCCUGGCUGCGAGACCUCAGGGAACUGCAGCAGCGCUACACCAUGCCUGCCUGGAGUAUGCCUGACUUUGAUGAGCUUCUGGCUGACUGCACAGCGGAGCUGAGACAGACGGUGAAACUGGCCUGCAAGGUUACUGGAGUACCCAAACCUGUGGUCACCUGGUACAAGGACGGGCGGGCAGUGGAGGCCGACCCUCACCACAUCAUCAUCGAGGACCCUGACGGUUCCUGCACCCUGAUCCUGGACAACAUGACGGCUGAUGACUCUGGACAGUACAUGUGCUUCGCCACUAGCACAGCAGGCAACGCCAGCACCCUGGGAAAGAUCACUGUCCAAGUGCCUCCUCGUUUCGUGAACAAGAUGAGGAAUGCUGUCUUAAUCGUUGGUGAGGAUGCUCAGUUUUCCUGCACCAUCCAGAGCGCCCCCAGCCCCAAGAUCAGAUGGUUCAAGGAGGGCAGGCUGCUGACUGACCAGGAGAAGUAUCAGACCUACACUGAGUCCCGUAGUGGAGUCCUGGUGCUGGUCAUUAAAGGCCCUACGGAGAGAGACCUGGGACACUACGAGUGUGAGUUGUCUAACCGACUGGGCAGUGCUAAAUGUGCAGUUGAUCUGUGCCUUCCUUCUGCUGUGGCUAGAAGAGGAGAGCAGGCGAUCACCAUUGAAGUCACUGAGCAGGAGACUAAAACACCAAAGAAAACCAUCAUCAUAGAGGAGACCAUAACUACGGUGGUGAAGAACACCCGUAUGAAGCGUCGCGGCAUGUCUCCAUCUGGGUUCAACCUCUCCGAAACCAACACCCCAAAUCUCCCCACCACCCCCACCGGCACGGCCAGGCAGAGGAGGCAGGUUUCUGCCAGCAGGAAGACCACCAUCCCCACCCUGUACGUCACGGAGCCCGAGGGGGGUGCUGGGGCCCGGGCCGCAGAGAACAGGUGGGUGGAGGUAGAGGAAAUCAUUGAGUACAAGGUGAACAAGUCGCCCAGGCUAUCCAGGAGAAGAGGGGUCUCACCAGCUGGGUCGGAGCGAGCGAACACCCCCUCCUUCACCCGGCCACGGAGGUCCCCGAACCCCAACACCAACAAUUCCAACAACAAGCUGGUAGAGCUGCAGAACUGCUCCGAGCUAGAGGGGGCUCAUCCUAUAGCCUGGGAUGAUGAUGAGGAGGAUGAGAACAUGGCUUGGUCUGAGGUUGCCCCUGGACUCAGUGGAGAGGCCUGCGAGGUCUCCGCUGUUCUAAUCCCUUACGACCAUGAACAUGAUGAGGCCUGGCUAGAGGAGCAGAAAGAGGCCUUUGUCACAGAACCGGAUGAUGAUGAUGAUAACAUGGAACCUCCCAGGAAGCUGGAGCCUAAGACCCUGACCCAGGCCGGUUGCGUUCUUACCCUGGAGGACUUGGAGGACUAUGUUCCCAGGGAGGGGGAGACCUACAGCUCCUCCAAUACCAGGCCCUCCCCUACCGAGAGACCCUGUGAGGUCUCUGUGCUUCAGAGGGAGAUUGGGGGCUCUGUCGUGGGCCAGCCAGUGCUGCUCAAUGUGGGGAGGCCUGUGGUGGUGCCCAGGGGGGGGCGCAGCCCUGGCUUCUUCAGCCGAUUUAGAGAGUACCUCUCAGGCAGCAUGUUCUCCCUGGCUGCCCCCCACCACCACCACCACCCCAGCGGAGACCAGUCUAGAAGGGAGAGAGAGAUUCCCAUCCAGGUCAGCCAUGCCAAGCAAGAGGUCAAGCCUGCAUACUGUUCUGAGGUGCAGAGAGUGGAGGGAGGGCAGCAGAGAUACAAAACCAAAGUCUACACGUCAGUGGGCAAGCCAGUCACUCUUCAGAUUAGCCAGAACCCAUAUCAAAACCAAUAACCUAGUGUGUGAAAAUCAGUUGCUUGAUCAGAACCAAACUGAUUUUUGUUCAUUGGUGAUACGUACAAUAGCCGUUUUAGUCUUAAAUGGGAACAUUACUACUUAAGUGUUAAAAAGCAUAUUCUAACCUUGCAUUUUCUUGCAAAUGGGAGGAUCAUUCCAUUUUGAAGCAACCCAUCUGAAAGUCAAAUGCAGACACAGGAAGUCAGUUGUUUUGGUCAGACAAAGUCGUUUUUAAAGGACAAAACAUCAAAAGGGGGUUGGAUUUGUUGUUUAGGCAAAAUGAUUUCCAAACGCCAUUGUAUACUAUCCAGGCUUCAAUUUAUUGUUGCCUUGCUUGCCACAUAUUUGAUUAUUUGAUGUACAGAAAAAUAUAGAAUAAUUGCAAGUCUUGCAACAUGGACUGACACUGUUUGAAAGUUUAAAAAAUCCAUCUGCUUUACCCUCAGGUGACAGCUGUUUUGAAUGUCAACAUCUUGAUGUUAAACUUCUGUUCCGUAGGAGAACAUCAGUACAGUACUAUAUUUCUCUCUGUGUGUUGUCUCUUAAGUUCAAUGAACAAGGAAUAUCCACCUUGACUUGUAGCAUAUCAGUUUGUAAAUAGGCUAACUAACUCCUGUGAAAGGAAAAAAAUGUGUCUCGACAGUAACUUACCAAACCAAUGACUUCAGCAACGAAAUUGCUAGAAGUACAAAAUAAUUCUAAAAGAGCAUUGAUUACAGACGUUGCUGGACUGUGUGAAACAUUGACGAUGUUCUUUCAAAUGCAGCCACGGUCUGCUUGAGAAUACAAGAAAGCCAGAUUAAAGACUGAUACAUGGAUCAUUGAGUUGUACUUCAGAUUGGGCUGUCCUGUCCUAUGGAGAAGUCUAGAAUUUUCUAAGCGUUUCUAGAUGGGCAGUUACAUGUUGUGCAGUGCUGAUGCUUUUACAUUAACUGUAUAUCACUCACUUGUGGUGUGGACUGUGGAAUGAUAUAGGUCUAUGAUUAUGUUAUACAGGUCUCGUAUAAAGGGUCUCUGUUUACUUUAGGUCAUAUACAUGCAAAACAUAGACCUAUAUAGGAUAUUUCAUUUUGAACUGGGUCAUUUGUUUUAUAGAAAGGCACUUCAUUAUCAGUUUAUUGAGAGCAUUAAAGAGUAGAUUGACCUCAGAUAAUUAAGUAUUUGUGAUUACUUUAAGGUCAAAUGUAAUUAAUUAUAUUUAGAAAAGUGGGAGCAUGUUAUGUAUUAGCUUUUUGAAAGCCGAUUUGCGUGUUUAUCUGAUUGACAUAAUUUAAUUAACACAAUGAGUCCCACUGUAACGCCGACGCGUUUUGGACUUCUGGGUAGAACCAUUGGAUUUGUCUUUCUUCUGCAUCCGUAGAUACCAACCAUUAGUCUGUGUAAUUAACGGGGGCUGAGCUAGAGCUGUGUUUGUGAGACAAGGGCGGAUCCCAAUGGGGCCCUGGGCUGUGUCUUUUUACUAAAACCUAUGUAGUCUGAAUGAUUUGAGCUACAAACUAUUCAGAUAUUUAUGAAAAGGUGAGACUCUCACGAACACAUGCAUGUAACUAUGACGCUCAACACCUACACAAGAGUCAUUAGAAGCUAAGGGGUUGUUCUACAUAGAAGAUCAUAGGAAAUCCCAGGACAUAGUGUCUAUAAUAAGCUCACAUAGUGGCUCUCACAAAAUCUAAACAGUUGUCAUUUCCCAGUGAGCAUACAAUUUCUGUACUUACAGCAUUCAUAUCAAUUCAUUUGAUCAGGAUUUUGCUUUGGCAGAUUAAAAACAUUUUUUUAUUGACAUUUGUCAAUAAAACUCAUGAAUGCAACUGUUUUAUGUCAAAUAGUUUUGUGUUCUACUUGUAGCCCUGGUUGUCCUGAAAAGAACACUCCCUUGUGAGGCUAGAUAUCAAGGCUGGACAUGCCCUUAUAAUAAAUUAAAGUCAGAUACAUUAAAAUAUGAUUUUUGCUGGGGCUGCGGGACUGAUAGGGUUAAUAUUCAUCUUGUCACAUUCAGUUCAGGUGGGAGCACAGUUACAUAGUUAGUGAGCCAUUGUACACUGGAUUUAUUCACUUUGUUGCAAUAUAUUGCUUUAAAAAGUGAAUUACCACUUUCCAAAGUAAGGGUGAUGUUUUGUUUUUAUGUUAUUUUAAAUGUCUUGUAAAAGCAUUGAAUGUUUAACUUUGUAAGAAAUUCAACAUAAAUCACAUAGGUUUUGACUGCCUGCACAUGUUUAGUUAAGAGAAUGAAUAGUUCAUGGAUUUUUGGGAGGGUACUCCCAAGUGUUUAAUACACCAAAACAAUUAAAUUUCAACUGAUGAACUGAU